AUGACCAUCCAAUUGAUACUCAUUUUAAACAUACAAGAAGCGAUUUCCGAUGGAAAAGGACCUGUCAACCCGAAGGGUGUACAGUAUUAUAACAAUCUUAUUGAUGAACUAAUCAGCAAUGGAAUUCAGCCACAUGUUACUUUACACCACAGUGAUCUCCCACAAGCACUUGAAGAUGAGUAUGGAGGAUGGGUUGGUCGAGAGAUUGUAAAAGACUUCACAGCAUAUGCAGAUGUAUGCUUCAAAAUUUUUGGCGACAGAGUUCUGUAUUGGACUACCAUGAAUGAACCUAAUAUUUUUUCACUUGGGGGUUAUGAUAUUGGAAUUCUUCCGCCACAACGGUGUUCAGCUCCAUUUGGUGUGAAUUGUUCUAGGGGUAACUCUUCAGUAGAGCCAUACAUUGUAGCUCAUCAUCUAUUGCUAUCUCAUGCAUCGGCAGCUAGAUUGUACAAGAAAAAGUACCAGAACAUCAAACCUUUACAAGUAAGACUAUAG